AAUAAUUGCUGUCAUUAUUGAUAGCAAUAGUCAUCGGCUUAUGGUAAAGCAUCAGAAAAGAAGUACCACGCUGCUAGGCUUCAUUUCAGUGUUUGUUCAGGUUAGCAGUGGAGCGGACUGGCAAUGUCGAAACCACAUCACGCACUGGAGCAGACGGCAAACUACAUUUGGCUGACCCGCGAUUAUUUGGGAAGUGGGGCUUCGGCGGCUGUUUUUAAAGGCUUGGACAAGCGAAACAAUCGUGUGGUCGCUGUGAAGCGAUUCAACCAACAGGAGGGUCCUAAUGGGUCUGUCCGCCAUGUUCACCUUAAAGAGGCUCAUGUCAUGAAGCAGGUCGAGCAUCCUAACCUCGUACGGUUCUUGGGAAUGGACGAUUUUCCACGGAAUGAGUAUCCACCGGUGAUUGCCAUGGAGUUCUGCAACAGGGGAAGUCUCAUGUGCGCCCUGCAGGAGCCCAUCAACUACAAAGGCAUGAACGAAGACGACUUCCGCGUCGUCCUCCAUGAUAUCACUGAGGGAAUCAGGUACUUGCGCGAACAGAACUGGGCACAUCGGGAUAUCAAGCCGGGGAACAUAAUGCGCCACAUCACCGACAGUGGCAAAUGCGUCUACAAACUAUCUGACUUUGGCGCUUCUCGUCAUCUGGAUGUUGGUGAAGAGUUUACAUCCAUCGUUGGCACGCCAGAAUACCUGCAUCCUAGAGUACUGCAAGUGCACCAACGUGCUGGUACUGGUCGCUUUGUUCAGGAGGUGGAAUUAUGGAGUAUUGGUACCACCCUGUAUCAGUGCGCUACCGGAGUCUUGCCAUUCCAAAAGGGCAAAGGUCGACAACAACAGCCAAAUGUGACUGAACAACUGUUGGCUAACAAACCCCGUGAUGCCAUAGCUGCUAGAACAACUGACGCACAGGGCAGAUUGAUCUACGAGACAAAACUACCAUCAGACAGCAAACUUUCCAAGUCAUUCAGAGCGCGGCUCGAGAUGAUCCUGAGGAAAACACUGCAAACGGAUGCUGACCUCGUGUCAUUUGAGGAGUACUUUGAGCUGGCCGAUGAGCUACUUGCGGCGCGGCCAGCUCAUGUUUUCCAUGUGGACACCUGCACACACUAUGAGGUGUUGAUGAACCGAGGCGAUAUGGUGGCGAAGUUGUCUCUAGAUAUCGCAAAAUUCUGCGACGUCCCUGUCGGACAGCAGCAGUUGUGGUUCAUACCAUUUGGUGCACUGCAGGCGCAAGACUUUACAGAGGAAAGAUACCAGCAGAUGCCAGUCCCGGUCACGUCUGUCCGAAACCCAUUUGUCCUUCGUGCCUUGAGCUGGGAGAGAAAGGAUGACUUGCCACGUGUUGACAUUGGAUUGGAGCCGAUUGCUACUGCGUCCGCUGUCACCCAACCAACCAUCAGUGACGAUCUCUAUCAAAUACAGCGAUUCUGGCAAAGAGCUCACCUUGUUCAGAACUCUAUACGAUUUCUGAAGCGCAAUGUUUUGUGCGCAGACCGUUCUGUCAGCGUCCUUGGUACCAUUAUCAGCGGUGAAUAUCAGAACACGCUAGAGUACUUUACCAAACAGAAGGCGUCUCUGUCACAGCUGCAGAAGAUUUGGAAUGCUGUAUUUUCAUUCUUCCAACCCGAGGCAGACAGCUUCAUCCAGAUACUCAGUAUCUUAGAGAUCGAGUCUUGUCAAGCUCUUGCGGUGUACGAAGAACUAAAGGUGAAGAUGUCACACUGCAACCGUGCCAUUGAGCAGGCUGCCCAGCGGUUCAUAGAAAACAAGCUGUUCCUAGAAGGCUUGCCCGCGCCGGAGGACAUGAUUCCACCCGACCUCUCGGAAUACGUGGCCAUCAUGGAGAAGAGCGAUGCCGAGAUGUCUGUAAUGCUAGACACAUUGGAGACGCUUGCAAGGCGAUUCGCUACUGAGAAGAGAGCACAGAACCGUGGUACUUACCAUCCACAUGAUGCCGCUAUCCACUCUAUAGACCGUGUGCAGGUGAGGAAGAUUGGCCGAGAGUUUGAGGCGCUCGAUAGUAGGUGUGUCAAGCAGCGAGCCGAGGUCUUCAAGAAGCUACAACACCAAUGGAGUGAGUGCAAGGAAUACUGCACUGCAUUGGUCGGCCAGCGAACAUCUCUUCGUGAUCUCAGUAACACCGUACUAGGCCUGGAGGACGCAGUCAAAGAUUUGGUGCGCAAGAGUCACGAGUGCUUCAGCGAUCUGCGAAGCCGUGCUGUGAUCAGAAUACAGAGAGUGCACGAAGUCAACAUCGACAGCCAGGAAGCGAUGUCCAACUCGCUGGAUGUCGAGACCAAAAGGAAGCUGGACAAGCUGCAGGAGCUUGUUACUCACUUGUACAAAUCUCACUACGCGUUGAAAGAGGAAGCAGCAAUAUCGCAGCAGCUAGUUAGUGAAAUACAAGAUACUUCCGGAGCCGGACAACCGUCACCAAGACACAAUCCGUUGCCACGAGGCUGAGCUCUUUAUGGCGUUAUCAUCUCGUACACCUGAUGUGGCUGGUGUGGUUGCGUGGAGCCCAGGGACUUGCACCACGCACUGGUUGCCUCUGCUGCCGAGAGAUGUGUUAUAAUCAGUGUGUGUGUGUGUGUGUGUGUGUGUGUGUAUGUGUGUGUGUGUGUGCGUGUGUGUGUGUGUGUGUGUCUGUCUGUCUGUGUGGGUCUAUCUGUGUGUCUGUUUAUGUGCAUGUGCCGGAGUAUGGCAUUGAGUUCUUGCCGCUAUGAUGAUAGCGUUAAGUGAGAACUUGAUGUGUGUGCAUAUGCACAUGGCACCUUCUCCUUGGAUGUGUUCUUGAGUGCCAGCAUGGACAAGUGUGUACAUGUUGUAUUGCUGAAUGAAGUUGGAGAUGAUUAUUAUGUGUGUUAUUUCUCUAUAUUGUGUGGGAAACCUGAUAUCUGGAGCUCCUUAUUUCAAUUCAAAGUGAAGAACAGUGGACAGCUAGAAAUGGGUGAUGUAUGUAGUUAUUUUGCAGAAAUGGAUGUUUAUUUUACAGAAAUGGGUGAUGCACACAUGCAUGUAUAUUGGGCAUAUUGAGUAUGUAACCUGCUGAAUCUAUCGUUUUUUGUAUAUAAUUGUUUGCACUCAUUAGUGAGGUUUGAAUGCACAGUCAUGCCGUAUAUUUCAGAAAAUAUCGAAACAUCCUUUUCACGAUGUACAGGUGUGGCGACGUCACUGCCAUGACUUCAGUCUCAGAGUCCCUCACUAACCCAGACCUAUAUGCAUUGCUCACUCUUGCUCUUCUGCUGCUGUGCUGAACGGUGUUAGGGUUCAUUUGUUAAUUAUUUUGGCCCGUGUUUUCAGCUUCGUCGCUUUUGUUUUUCAGGUCUUGUCUAUAGUGUAUAUGAUGUCCUGCGCCGUCCAAGUUUCUCUUUCGUUCUCUGCGCUCCGCUUGCUCUCUGGUAGGGGAGUACUGUAGCGACCACGCUGCCAUGACUUCAGUCUCCCUCACCUGCCCAGACAUUAUGUACGUUUGUAUGCAUGCGCAUUCACUUUCUCUUUCUCUUUAUUGUAAAUAAACCGUGAACAACAAGCGUUGACUCAUUGUA